GUAUAAUGUAUGUAUGCUGUGUCCUAGUGGUAAGCUGCAAAUUAUUUACCGCGGUAAAUAGGUGUUACAAUAUAUUAUUGUAUAUUUAUCUUUGAGUAUGUGUGUGAAAAUGUGAAAUGUGAAUGAUAAUAAUAAUUAUUAAUUAGUGAUUUCAGUACGAAAUCCGUUAAACUAUGUUGUAUUGUUAUAAUAUCGAUAAGUAUCAUGUCGCUUGUAUCAUACCUCAUCCCACCACAACAUAAACCGCUCUAGUGAUUGCCGAUUGCCGGUCGUCACUCGUCGCCUGUCGAUACCGUUUUCGGGUUUUUCGAAUAUAUUUAUAACGAGGCGGCUAAUCGUUUGCCGCAUCAGAGAUAAAAUGACAAUAACACUCACGCACUCACACGCGUCGUCAGUCGGAUCCGCAGUGCUGACAUCUAUCGCCCUUUCCGUUACGACUCGACUUCCGUUAUCCCGUUUUUGAUUGGUCGUCUCACCUUCUGCGGCAAAUUCCUAACUUCUAGUGAUUCAAGUUUUUCGCCGUCGUUAUUAACGGUUUUUAUUCAAUUGUACAAUACUACAAUAGUAAUUAUCGCCUACUGUUAUCCUACGUACUAGGUACCGACGUAUCGUUGGGUACGAAUAACAACGCCGUCGCCAUGCACGUGGUAGUAAGGAUGAUGAACACCGGCGUAUCCAUCGCAAUACCCACGUCUAGGACAACAAAGAUCAGCGACUUGAAGACACUCGUCGAGAUGAAGUUCAAUGUCAAACCGGAAAACCAACGACUGUUUUUCGCGGGCAAACAGCUUGAAAAUCAGUAUAACCUCUUUGAUUAUAGUAUUAAUAUAAACGAUGUUAUACAAUUGAUAACUAUGACAACUGUAGCUGAAACUAACUUUACUAAAAAAUCAGUGUUGGAGGUUUCUAAGAACUUAAAAGAUGAAACAUGUAUUCAAAGUUGUUCGACAGACUUCAGUUCUGUAACAAAAGAAGACAAUAUAGAUGAUAUUUCAGAGGAAAGCAAAUAUUUUAAAAUAGGAGAUUAUGUUGAUUUAAGAGAUUAUGAAUAUGGUGUGUGGUACAUGGGUAAAAUAGUGAAGAUAAAAAAAGAUAUUACUGUAAAAAAUGAACAAACUUCCUCUGAUAAUCAAGAAGAAUAUGAUGGACUAAUUUAUUUUGUAGAGGAUGCAGGAGCCCCUGGAAACCCACCCACUGAAGUUACAUUGAAAGAUAUAAGACCAUUUUCUACUGAUAAUUUGCCAUUUGAUCAAUUAAAAAUCAACGAUAAAGUUCUUAUGAAUUUUAAUACUGAACAUCCUAAAGAACGCGGCUAUUGGUAUGACGUACAAGUGAAACAGAUUACAGUUAAUAGACGAAAUCGUGAAGUCAUAGGAGAUGUAAUACUUGGAUCGAAUAAAGCAGUAUUGAACAACUGUCGAUUGAUGUUCCUAGAUGAUAUCUUAAAAAUAAAACCAUAUAAAUUAGUUGCAGAGAGGACAGAAGAAGAUGAUGCAAUGAUGCAAACAAAACCUUCUGUUGAAAGAGCUGGAGCUUUGACCUGUACUAAAUGCAAAGACAACGUUAAAAAAUCAUGUGUUCACUGUGGGUGUAGUAUUUGUGGUGGUAAGGAAAACGAGGAAAAACAAAUAUUAUGCGAUGAAUGUAAUGAAGGUUUUCAUAUAACGUGCCUUUCACCGCCCUUGACAGAAAUUCCAGAAGAUGAUGAUUGGUAUUGUCCAACUUGCAAAAAUGAUGAAAACGAAAUUGUAAAGGCAGGUGGAAAAUUAAAGUCUUCAAAAAAAAAGACAUUAGCAUCAACAUCUAAACGAGAUUGGGGAAAAGGUAUGGCAUGUGUCGGUAGAACAAAAAAAUGUAACAUUGUUCCACCAAAUCAUUUCGGUGCCAUUCCUGGUGUUGAAGUUGGCACGACUUGGUUAUUCCGCGUUCAAGUAUCUGAAAGUGGUAUUCAUCGUCCUCCAGUUGGAGGAAUACAUGGCCGUGACAAUCAAGGAGCGUUUAGUAUUGUAUUGAGUGGUGGUUAUGAAGAUGACGUUGACAAUGGUGAUGAAUUCAUGUAUACCGGUUCUGGUGGUAGAGAUCUGUCGGGUAACAAACGUACUGCUCUGCAGAGUUGUGACCAAGAAUUGACACGUUACAACAGAGCUUUGGCUCUCAACUGUAAUGCAGAAAUCAAUAAUAAGGAAGGAGCAACAGCAACGGAUUGGAAAAAAGGCAAACCAGUUAGAGUUGUCCGCAAUUAUAAACUUCAUAAACACUCAAAAUAUGCGCCUGAAGUGGGCAAUCGUUACGAUGGCCUUUACAAAGUCGUAAAGUAUUAUCCGGAAACCGGAAUAUCUGGUUUUGUUGUAUGGCGGUUUGUAUUGAAAAGAGAUGAUCCUACUCCAGCACCUUGGACAGCAAAAGGCAAAAAGCGUAUAGCUCAACUAGGCCUUGAAAUAAUUUAUCCAGAAAAUUAUAUACCUUCUACUGGACUUGACAAUACAAAAUUACCAGGAUCUAACAGAAAAAGAACUCUACAAGACACUGGCACUGAAAACAAUGAAUCGGAUGGAAAUUCAGAAGAAAAAAAAGAUGAAGGAAAUGGCCCUGAAAAGAAAGCAAAAAUGCAGUACAAACUCGAAAAAGAAGCAGAAGAAUUUAUCACGGCUGAUGCUGUCAAUAAAAAAUAUUGGGAUGAUUGUAAAGAGUUGUUAAAAUUCGGUAAAAAAGCAUUUUUGGAUAGAGUUGAAGAAACAUUCAUGUGCAUAUGUUGUCAAGAUAUUGUUUUUGAACCAAUCACAUUAGAAUGUGCUCACAAUAUUUGUAAAGGAUGUUUAAAAAGAUCAUUUGCAUCUGAGGUUUACCAAUGCCCAUCAUGUAGAGCUGAAUUGGGAAAAACUUACCAUAUGAACAUUAAUACUUUAUUGGCUAAAACACUUUUGUAUUUUUUCCCAGGCUAUAACACAGGUCGUUAAUAUUUUAUAAGCAACUUUUAUACAGCAAAUUUAGUUCAUCAAAAGAUGACUUAAAAUAUUGCUUGAUAUGAUUUCUAUUAUUUAUUUAAGCGAUAACACUUACAAUAGUUCAGUUAUUUAUUUACAUUUAUUUUG